UCGUGAGUGACCGGCUUACGGUUGGCGAGAUAUCGUUUGUUCUCUUCUUUCUUUUAUGAAGUAAAAUAAAUAAACAAUAUCAUGCUCAACUUUCUGCAGUCCCGUCUCUUAGAAAGAGCCGCAAAACGGUCUUUUUUCCUAAGGGACACUUUCCACAGGGGUGGAAUUCGUGUUUUUACUUUUUUAGGGGGUUUAGAAAUCGAGUUUCUUCGAUUUCUAAUCAAUAUUCUUAUUUUGGUUGUGUCUUUAUCUGCGGGGGACGUCGCGACAUGCGAUGGGGUGGGAGGUGUGGACGGACUUCCUUCACCGCCAGUUGUGGGCAUUCGGGUAGCGCCGGAGGUUUGGGAGUUGCCCCCCGCUGCGCCGGAGGUUUGGGAGUUGCCCCCCGCUGCGCCGGAGGUUUGGGAGUUGCCCCCCGCUGCGCCGGAGGUUUGGGAGUUGCCCCCCGCUGCGCCGGAGGUUUGGGAGUUGCCCCCCGCUGCGCCGGAGGUUUGGGAGUUGCCCCCCGCUGCGCCGGAGAUUCCGGUAUUAGCGCAGCCACUUAUACCGGACCUCCAAAGGCAGGACGAGCUGUACCGGCGGUUCUUGGUCAAUACGUUAGGGGAGAAUCCAACCCUACGUAGAAUUACCGAGACAGUCUCGGUACAAAGCCAAAUGGAAGGGUUAAUGGAAGCUGCAUUAAUUCAUUUGGGAUUCAAUCCGACGAGUAUCGUUUCGAACCGCCAUCGAAUUCGCGGCAUACUUUUUUAUCCGCAAGGUAGGGCACUCUCCUUGCGGCAGUACCGCUCACAUCUACGCAGUAUAUACAGGUUGGGUACCCGAGACACACGGGCGUUCCAACGUAUUCUGACGGCGGUAAGAAAUUCUGAUCUCUUCCUAUAGCCAUAGAUCAGAGUAGAGGUGGGUAGCGGCACUGGGUGGACGGUCUAUCUGCCCUUAAGUGGUAGAGUGCAGCCUGCCUGCGUAACGUUUGUGACUCAGUGCUCCAUACGGGGAAAAUGAAAACUGAAUUAGUUCGGAUCCUCCCACAUCACAUGUUCAAUCUUUUUUUAGCGGUUUCCCCAGAGAUCUUUAUCAUUAAUGCAACCUCCAUUUUGCUCAUUCAUGGAGUUGUAUUUAGUACCUCUAAGAAAUAUGAUUAUCCACCGUUAGUCAGUAAUGUGGGUUGGCUUGGAUUACUUAGUGUUUCGCGCCUAGGAGGGCUGCGCGCUUUGGGAUGCGGAGGAGCGAAGCAGCUCGAACGAAUGAAUGUGAGAGGAGCGAAAAAAGCCCAGCUCCCUAACCUAAUGCGGCACCGGGUUCGGACCGCAGGGAACCGUAGCAUGGGAGGAUGUCUAAUCCUUUUGCAGCCGCAAGGCUGGCUAAUCGUACGCAGCUGGCUCGAAUACCCCAGGUUCUGGAAGGCACAUGAGUCCGAACGCUAUGUUGAAGGUGCGACCGACACUACACUACGUAGGUACCUGUGCAGGUGAGGCGUCGGUCGGUCCUAGAAACGGCGGCAGCGGCGCGAGGAGUUAACGACCGGACGUGCUGCAACCUAGGGAUCACCAGGCAGCUCUUUCGCUCUAUAGGGAUCGGGAGGGCAUAGCACAAUUCUUCUUGGAGGAGGGUUGGUUUGCCCGGGUGACUGAUCCUGCCAUAAUGUACUCCUACCUACACGCACCGGCAACCGAAGUCGAGCAUACAUACGACGAUCUUCAUGCGUGAAUAGCCGGGAGGAAAGAAAGGGCGGUAGAUGAUAAUGAAAAAAGGCGCCGCGUCUGGACGGGCGGAAUGGAUGAGCGAAAGGUGCCAUGGAGUGAGGAAUACCCCGAGUCUCAUGUAAGACAACUAAAUGCACCUCGAGGUGCUGCCGAGGAACUGGGGGACCUUCUCGAGCACAGGAUAGGCAAUUGAGAGAUAGAGCUAGCCUAUUCGUUAUGGGGAAUCCAUGAAAA